GUAACUUUUAGUGUUCCAUGCGCUCUAGCUUCAAUAUUUUCAAACAAUUCCGGGGCAGGACAAGGUCUAUCACUUGGUGUGUUAAAUCUUGCAAUCGUCAUACCUCAGAUGGUGGUAUCGGUUCUUAGUGGACCAUGGGAUGCCCUAUUCGGUGGUGGCAACUUACCUGCAUUCGUGGUGGGAGCUGUGGCGGCCGCAGCCAGUGGUAUCUUUGCAAUGACCAUGCUUCCAUCACCACCACCCGAUGUCGUACUUUCAAAGGUUUCUGGAGGCGGGAUGCAUUAGAGUAAA